GCCUGAGGUAACGUGAACGGUGGUGUACCGGCGGUGGGGGCAGGCAGCGGGGUGUUAUGUGAAGCUCUGGGCUUAUAGAGCAGAGUAGAAAUGUAAAGCAUGAAGGAAAGUUUUCUGCAGGCCAUUCAUUGAACAACCUGAGAAGUGACCUUUUUGACAACGUGGAUGAUAUCUUCUACAGGUGACAUGCCCUCUGCAGAAUCUGACUUCACAGGUGGAAACAUGGCAGAAGGGGGCACUGUGUGCCAAGUCAACAUUGAGGGAGACCGCUGCAGUCUGCAAAGUGCCUUACAUGACCCUGGUGAUCCGGGGGGGCUAGCCAUGAAGUGCAUUGCAGUGCAGACUGAGUCUGAGAAGCAAGAUGCAGAAACCAUUACAGAGGAGGAAACUGAGACGUUCCUGAAGCUGCUUGUUGACUGCAGAGAACUACUGAAGGACAAUUACCAGGAGGUGCUGGACAAACAUAUCCAGGCCGAGAAACAGCUGCAGGUGCAAAUAAGACAACUAAGACAGCAGAAUGAGGAAGAAAGGCAGAGACACAAGGGAUAUCUAAAGAAAAUUCAAGACCUGACAACUAAGAAAGAAGAGACAAGAAAGAAAACAGAAAAAGAGCGAAGGGACCAGUCCCAGAAGGAGCGGGAUCUGGGUGGUGAAUCAAUAAAACUGCAAAGCAAAAAUGAAAGCCUUCAGAAAGAGCACAAUGAAAUUGAGAGGAAAAUCACAGAUUUACUGGCUGAGCAAGCUGCAGAGAGGAAAGAAUGUGAUGCUGAAUUGACUGCCCUGAGAAAUAAAGACAGUCAAAUGAACCAACACAUUCUUGAGGAAAUGGAGCAUGUGACAAAAGCUGAGGUCAGGUCCCUGGAGAGUCGGAGAGACCUGUUACUCAUCUCAUUAGAGGAGGCAGAAAAGGAAGCAGAAGUCACUCUUUCCUACCUAAGGGUGGCUCCCCCUAAUUUGGAGUGGAAACAGCUGAAGCAAAGGUGGGAUGCCAGGCUAGCCGGUAUUCAGCAAAUAAAGACAAAUCUUCAGGAGCAAUUUGAAACCCAAAUCAAGCAAGUGAAGAACGGCACCAAACUGAGCAGCUUACCGUUAAUAAUGGCUCCAAAUCUGACUCCGCCUCCAUCUGAUCCCACCGUCAUGUUACAUAGAAUUGCUCUUGCCCCUGCUCAGGUGAUGCCAACUACAGACAUUGCCAUCCAGGGAAAACCUUCUCUGCCAUACCAGCGUUCCUAUCCAGUGACAGUUCCUCCGCCAUCUUUCCCCGGUAAUGUGGCCUCAGGUCCAAGUCUGCCCACUGCUUCUCACAAUCCAGGCACUGCUGAAGCUUCUGGUCCACCUGGCACUGACAAGUUGAGCAAAAUUCUUGAAAAGCUGCAAGCCAGGUUCCCGCAAUGCAAUAAAGGACAUUUAACCGAAAUCCUUCAGCAGAUUAAGAAGAAACGUGGCGCCCUGUCUGGCCUCACAGUGGAGGCAUUGUGCCAUCUUGUUGAAGAACAUAUAGAACAGCUUCAGCUGAAAGAAUCUACAAACCCAAUUGCAAAGUCUGUAGGUCAUGGCAGGCCUCAGUAUCCAGUCGCACAAAUAAACCCUGUUUUCCUGCCUUCAACUUAUGGAGGAUAUUCAGUGCGGCCACAGGUGUGUUUGAUGUGCCAGAAGAUUGUACAGCCACAUGACCGGCAGCCUGUGUCUUGUCACCAUGCCAUACACCGAGAGUGUGCUAAAUCUUGGCCUUCAACCAACCAUGACUGCCCAUUCUGCCCGAGCCUGCGAUAAUCAGAUAUGAAUUCACAGUCCAUGGAAGCGUGAAUGUGCUGCACAGAAGUGUGCCUAAAGCCUGUCACGAAAUCAGUGUACAAAACCUCUUCAUAAUAAACCUUUUUCGAAGGAAAAA